GGCUGCCGGACGGAGCCGGGCCAAGGGGGCUCCGGCAGCCGCUAUCCCCGGGCCCCCUCAGCCGCCGGCCCCGCCUCGGCCGCACCGACGUCAGCGCGCGUCAGGGCCGAGCCCCUCGCACUCCCCCGCCCGCGGGAUCCGCCGUCCCGCCGCCGCCGCUCCCCUCGCCCUCUUCGCCCUCCGCCGAGCGCCCGCACCCGCCGCCCCGGCCCGGCCGCCGCCCCUCGCUCCGCUCCCCGACAGCCGCGCAGCGCGAAGAUGGCGGCGUUCAAAUUCCUGCUGCAGCCCCUGGGCCGCCGCAUCCUCCUGCCGGCCGCGCGCAGGGCCGAGAUUUGUGGAUGCUAUUUUUCUACGAGCUCUCAUCGCAACACCAAAUUUUAUACUGAUCCUGUGGAAGCUGUAAAAGAUAUACCCAAUGGGGCAACUAUACUUGUUGGUGGUUUUGGAUUGUGUGGGAUUCCUGAAAACCUCAUUGGGGGUUUACUGAAGACUGGAGUAAAGGGAAUAACUGCAGUCAGUAACAAUGCAGGUGUUGACAAUUUUGGACUUGGUCUUCUGCUUCAGACUAAGCAGAUAAAACGCAUGGUGUCAUCAUAUGUUGGAGAGAACGCUGAAUUUGAACGCCAGUAUUUGUCUGGUGAGCUUGAAGUUGAGCUUACACCACAGGGUACACUUGCUGAACGUAUUAGAGCAGGAGGAGCAGGAAUCCCAGCAUUUUACACCAGUACUGGCUAUGGGACGCUGGUGCAGGAAGGGGGUGCACCCAUCAAGUACAACACAGAUGGCACCAUUGCCAUUGCUAGCCAGCCAAGAGAGGUGCGAGAGUUUGACGGCCGUCACUUUAUUCUGGAGAAGUCAAUUACAGGAGAUUUUGCUCUUGUGAAGGCAUGGAAGGCUGACCGUGCAGGAAACAUCAUUUUCAGGAAAACUGCAAGAAACUUCAACCAACCCAUGUGCAAAGCUGCAAAGACAACUGUGGUAGAGGUGGAAGAAAUUGUUGAUAUAGGAGCAUUUGCCCCAGAAGACAUUCAUGUUCCCAAAAUCUAUGUCGAUCGUCUAUUACAAGGAGAGAAGUUUGAGAAGAGAAUUGAACGUUUAUCAAUUCGAAAGCCUGAAGACUCAAAAGCCAAACAAAAGCAAGGAGACAAUGUGAGGGAGAGGAUCAUCAAACGGGCUGCUUUGGAGUUUGAAGAUGGCAUGUAUGCUAAUCUGGGUAUUGGAAUCCCACUGUUGGCCAGUAACUUCAUCAGUCCAGACAUAACUGUUCACUUACAAAGUGAAAAUGGAGUCUUGGGUUUGGGUCCUUAUCCACUUGAAAGUGAAGUAGAUCCAGACCUGAUUAAUGCAGGUAAGGAGACAGUGACUGUUCUUCCAGGUUCUUCCUAUUUCUCUAGUGAUGAAUCAUUUGCAAUGAUAAGAGGCGGCCAUGUUGACUUGACAAUGCUUGGAGCUAUGCAAGUGUCCAAGUACGGUGACCUGGCCAACUGGAUGAUUCCUGGUAAGAUGGUGAAAGGGAUGGGGGGUGCCAUGGACCUGGUAUCCAGUGCACAGACCAAAGUCGUUGUCACCAUGGAACACUCAGCCAAGGGCAAUGUCCAUAAAAUCUUGGAAAAAUGCAGCUUGCCACUUACUGGGAAACAAUGUGUUGACCGCAUCAUUACAGAGAAGGCGGUGUUUGAUGUGGACAAGAAGAAGGGAUUGACUCUCAUAGAAAUCUGGGAAGGACUGACAGUGAAUGAUAUCAAGAAAAGCACUGGCUGUGACUUUGCAGUUUCGCCGAAAUUAAUACCAAUGAGGCAGAUUUAAAUGCGAAAUACAGACUGGGCUUAACUUCUCAGAAGGCUUGUUUCCAAAUGGGAGAAAUCGGUGACUGUUUGCAGUUCUACUUUUUUUUUCCUUUUCUUAUUUUUUAAGGGCUUUGUAAGUAGUUUCCAGAUAGUUAAGCUCAGGCUUUGACUAUAAGCCUAAAUUGUAUUCUGCUUUCAUAACAUUACCAAUUUUAAUGGAAGGGUGAAUAUAUUCCCUAAGUUUUGAAUCCUAUUAUACUAAAAUGUUAAUGACGAUUGUAAAAAAAAAACAAAAAACCUUGUAGUCUGUCUGCCAAAUACUGUGUUUUUUACGCAGAAUUAGAAAACAACCAUGCAAAACUUAUGAUUGCCUCUGUGUAUCCUGAUAUCUGUUGCUCUGGAACUGCGGCACUUAUCAUGUCUGUUCUCCUGUAAAGGUGUGGGGUUUUUUUUCUGGAGUCAUCUAUAACAAGUGUACGUAUCUGUAGAGAGACAUCGGGAAUAUGAACUUUCCUUUUCCUGAGCCUUUUAAUCAGUCUGUGAUAAAACUAUUUACACUGGUGGAAAUAACUGGGACCUAAAUGUAUCUGCUGCUUCCACGGUGUGCAUCUUUUGGUAUUAGGAAGCCUACACUUCCCAAAGUCCAACUGUGACCCUUUAUAUUUUGAUCAUACAAACUAGAAUGGGGCUGGUGUGAAGGAGGAAGAUUAAAAAGGCUCCAUCCCCAUGCAGACAACUGGUAGCUGCACAAUUUCCCACGUUAACUACUCUUACUCUCCAGAUAUAAUGCUUCUCCCCAGAUACCAGUCAAAGGCAAAUGAAUAUUGUUUCUGGAGUGAGGUCUGUCCUUCCAGUGUUACACAGAGAAACAGGGGAAGAGAAGGUUGUGGACACCUUGAAGAUUCUUAAGAAGGGAAUAUGGAUAGUUAAGAGUAAAAGCAUUAAAUCUGCACCACUUCCCAAUCAAGGCAUCAGAAAAAUCUAAAGAAUUUGUAACCCAAACUUAUAAUAAGUAGAAUAAAUGCCAUAAGACAAUCAAAAUGAAAAGACAUUAUCUCAGAGUGGUUCUGCUGUUUGGUGAAGGUUUUUUUUCCCCUGUUGUUAAUUACAAAAUUAUUUUUAUAUUUUGUUAUUUUUGGAAAUAGGUGACAUGACAGCAUUGAAUCUCACAUACCAAAUCAGCACAAUAUGUCUUUAUUAUACAGAGCAUGAACUGACUGGAAAUCAACAUUUACUAAAAUAUAGUGUUUUCUCCGAGCAUAAUGGUUUCUGUCAUUUCUGUCAUUUGUAUAAGUAGGAGCACUUAAAACACUUCAGUUAAAAUAAUUCCUGAUAUAAUGUUUGACAUCAGGACUGGAACAUAUUAAGUGACUGAAAAGCAUGUAAAAUGUAGAUACACGAAGUGUACAUAAUGCCUAUCAUACAUGUAAUAAGCAGUGUUGGGACACACUCAGGAAUCAGAUAGGAAAAUCUUGCAACAUUUAGCUCCUGUACUAACCUUUAUACUGUUUUAUUUCCAUUCUAAUAAGAAAUCCUUCUUUUUCAUGGAACAGCUACAGAAUUUGCCUUGAUCCACACACAGGUUUUAUAGCAGUAAAACUGUUUUGAUUGGAGAUACUAUUUUGUAUAGUUGCACUUACCCUAAACAAUUCUUUGACAAACUCUUGGUAAUACUGUAACAGGUUAUCCUUCACCCUAGAAAGAAAUAAACAAAAUGCCUUUGUAAACACCAUUAUGCCAGUACAAAAGUGCUCCAGUAGUAUAAGCUGUAUGAGUUGAACUUGUGGCUGCUAAUGGGUGGUAGGCUCUUGUACAGCCUGAACCUGUAGGAAAGACCUGAUGCUGAGCCCAUGGGAAAGACUUAUAUUGUACAAAGACUAGUGCUGAUGUCAUGAUUAACAUAUACCAGUGAUUUGGUCAAUAGGUAAUUUGCAUUGAAGACUUGAACCUACAUUUAUCAGAGUGCUCCAGUGUUCCUUAACCCAGCAUGUUAAUUUUCAUGUUUUCUCUGUUUAGAUGUAUUCCCUGUGUUACUCAUUCCAAACAAGUUAUUUUCUUAAAAGUUUGGCCAUUUAUGUUGCUAUAGAGGUGGACUGAAGUUCUGCUUACAGAGGUUUUACAGAUUAAAAAUCUGUAUAUAAUAAAACCUGACUAUUUUAGCUCGGUAUAAACAGUUUUGCUUUUGGGUAGAGCAGCCCAGAGUUCUCUUCCCCAAUCCAUACAGACAGUUCAGUGACAAUUCUGACCCUUGUGGUGCUGUACACAGCAAAAGGUGCCUGUCCUUUCCUUCAGGGCCAGAGAUGGGUGAAGAGCUACUCUGAGGGGAUAGGUAUCAUCCCUGAAGGGGAUUUCAUUCAUCUUCACUCAGACUUCUCAUAGACAGUACUCAGAAUGGAUGCUGGUUUUCGGGGAGGAGUAUAAAAACUAUUAUACAGGGGAAGGGAGUUACUAUUAACUUCUCCAAAAGGAAAAAAUAACCGAACAAAAAAAAAAAAAAAAAAACAAACCCCACAACAAAAAACCAAAGAACACAAACAUUUAAAUAGAUGUGAACAAGUUCUUUAAGAAAUCUAUACAUGAAAUGUUGAUCUAUUGCUACAUUAGUUGUAGGACUGAUUAGUUAAUUAUAGCGAACAUUUACUUACGUUUGUAAAGUACAGGAGAAGUGUCUGAGGGCAGGAUCAGGUGUACUCUGCUUCUGCCAUAGAACUAUGCUUUGCUGGCACACGCACAGAAGCCAUUGUUAUCAUUAACAUAUGGCUAUAAAAAGACUAAUGACCUGGUAAUGUCUGGGAGUUUAAUACCUUGGUUUCUGAAUCAAAGAAUUAGGAGCCAAGAACUCCUCUGAUUUUCAGCUUUUCUGGUUCUCCACUUACUGCCUUGUGGAAUGUCUGCUGUGUUCUCUGCCUUGUCUCCUGUUGCUGGAAAAGGGGAUGUUUUUCUUCCUACCUCACAGGGAUGUUGUGAGGUAUAAGAAGCUAAGAUCUGUGCAAGAGAUUAUCUUUUCCUCUUCAACUUGGGGAUCACACUUGAUCAAGAGUGUACAAGAGUACUUGUAGACUGUCUAACAUGCUGUACAUUUGAGCUCUGUGUCUUAUUUGUAUCAGUGUUAAUGCAAGAGAGAAGAAGUAUAUGGUGCUGAAAAUUGGGGAUAAAAGGAGAACAGGCUCUCUCCAUAUAUAGCAGCGAUGCUGUAGCAACAGGAAACAAGGUAUGGAUGUCACACAGGAAUUUUUUUAUCUUGAGGACAAUAAAUGUGGUAGAAUAUUGGUAUUGUUAUGAAAAUGUCAUCUGUCCGCACAAGCUAAUUGUGACAAGCUCUGAAUCCACUUUUUUAACUCACUUGUCAAAGAGGAUUAGAAAUUAAAGCACUCCUAAGCAUUUCCCUCUCUGUGGACGCAGAUGUGGUUCAUAGGUAAGGUAUACUCUGAGCAGUAGUUGCAAUGAUUGGUGUUGCAGGGAUGAAGGUUUAUUGGGACAUCACUGAAAUCAUUCCCUGCUUGACAGCACUUCAUGAGACAAGUUGAUACUCUUUGUCCUGAAGAAGAUGAUGAUUCUACUGUAUUAUCACGUUGGACUUAUUUCACUUUAUAUUUUAUUGAUUUUUUUCCAUGAAAAUGCAAAAAAAAAGAAAAAGGAAAUAUUCUAGAAAAUGUAGUUGUACUGUAAACUCUGCAAGUUAAACAUCAAAGUCCUUCUUGUAUUUGCAAAACAAUCAAUAAAGUAAAGAUGUAAAAUCUCA